AAGCAUAAAUAGUCUUGUUUGAAAGAAACUCUCAAACUUCGGCUGGGUAUGUCGUUAAGAGGUUAGAGUGUGAUAAACUGGUAAAGGCAAAUCAUCAAUGAACUCAAUACGUAGAUGCAGGCGAAAAAGCGUUAUCUCCUUGUGUUUAUCAGCUGUGCUUUUUUACUGCUGUGUUACUUCGGAGGGUUUGUGUUGAGAAAGCAUGGGGAUCUACUAUCUAAGUUCACCUUUAGUCCUCGUCUUCAGCCCUUCUGCGACACGGAGGACUUUCGCUACGAUGAAGAUAUGCACGUGUCUCCUCGACAGCGGAGGGACGAGAGAAGCGCUGUAUACAGAAAUGAAAAGUGUCGCAUGGAGACUUGCUUCGACUUCUCGAAAUGUAGGGGCGAUUUUAAAAUUUACACAUAUCCCACCGAGGAUAAAGUUUCGGGCAGUUACAGAAAGGUGCUCAACACCAUACACCGUUCGAGGUACCACACCACCAACCCUGCAGAGGCAUGUAUAUUCGUGCUCGGAGUGGACACACUCGAUCGAGACGUGUUAAGCCCGGAGUACAUAAAAAAUGUCAAAACAAUAGUGUAUGCAAACAAAUUGUGGAAUAAUGGCAUAAAUCACGUGAUCUUUAACUUGUACUCGGGUACAUUUCCAGACUACAUUGAAGACCUAGGGUUUGACAAAGGGCUGGCAAUAUUAGCCAAAGCAAGUAUAUCGGAAGCAAACUUUAGGCCAGGUUUUGAUAUUGGUGUCCCUCUGUUUCCGAAGAAUCACCCUGAGAAAGGUGGUGAAAGGGGAUACUUGACUACAAAUCAUUUUCCAUCUGCUAAAAAGUAUCUGCUAGUGUUCAAAGGAAAGCGAUAUCUAUAUGGAAUAGGGUCAGAUACAAGAAAUUCCCUUUACCACCUGCACAACGGGAGAGACAUUAUUCUGCUGACGACAUGCAAGCAUGGCAAGAACUGGAAGCAGGCGAAAGACAAACGCUGUGAUGUCGACCAAGCUGAGUUCGAAAACGCAGUCGACAUCUAUCACGCCUCAUGGAUGCAUAUCGUGCGUGCGCUGGAUGAGAUCACGAUACAGAACGAAUUCUCUAACUGCAUGAAGUCGUCUUGAUUCACAGUCAUUUACUGGUAGAUAGGCUGGAGAAUUAGAUGGCCUGGUUAUAGACCGUGAUUGCUCUUGUGUGUCGUGGUGUGCAGCAUACUUGAUUGAAAUGCAGUUUUCGUGUAACGAUCUAAUAUAUGCACAACGGAGCGUCAAACGCGCACGCAAACGCACACACACGCGCGCGUGUAAGUCACAAAAUCUUAUUUGCAUUACGCGAGAGUAGAUGGUCUGCAUAUCGAACAAGAUACGAGGCAAUAAUGUGAAAAAGAGGCAAAAAUAAAGAGUUAGAAAUCCGUCGAAAUGAGAUCCGUAGCCGGUAAUCCCGUUCUGAUUGUGCCCGUGUCAAGGGACGGUUUCGGUCGGUUUUAUAGAGAUACCCAGAGAUGAUAAGUUCUCUUGGCGAUGUGAGAUCAGUUGGAGUUCUUCGAUCUUCAUAUGGAGUUUGUAGAGCUGGAGGCCAUUGUCAGAAACAAAAUUAGUCAUAAAGUUAGUCUUUACAUGAACUUUUUCUCGUAGGCGUUGACAGAAAUUUGUUUAGUUAAAAGUUAUGAGGAAAUUGGCUAGGAUUUUCCGUUCUGGUGACUUUACGUUGUUUUAGUCGUCGUCGUCGAUGUGACCGUCUAUCCUUGAUAGUUUAAGAGAAAAAAGUCAAGAUUAAUGUUAAGACUAAUUAUGUUACUGAUAAGA